AUGGAUUAAAAGAACUAAUGGAACCAAAAAUCAUCAGUACAAGAAUUUGGAAUAUAAAAAUCGAGUUUAUCAAAACCAAUUCAUUAAUAGGUGAAACCAACAUAAUAGGCUAUUCCUAAGAAUGAAUAAGGUCAAAAUUAGUUGGUGAGACGAGUGACUAAAAGAAAUAUUGCAAUAAAGAAAUCAAUAGUUUCAAAUGAAGGAACAAUUUAUGAAACAUUCGAACCUCUUAUGAAGCCAUAGACUCCUUAAGAUAUAGGAUUUAUAGUAAAAUGUUUUUAAGCUCAUUUUGUAUUUUCAUCAAUGAAUGAAACUUAAUUGUAUGAUUAAUAAUUUAUGAAGAAUACAAUUAGCAAAGAGUAUGUUCUAUUGUAGACUUGUGAUUGGAUAAAUGAUAAUUAAAUAAGGAGAUGGAGCUAGUUCUUUUUUUAUACUAGAGAAAGGAAAGAUAAAUGUAUUAGUUGACGGAAUAUCUAGAAAAUAAUUAAGUUAAGGAAAUGGUUUUGGAGAAUUAGCAUUAUUAUAUAAUGCUCCAAGAUCAGCAACAUGUAUUGCUAUGGAAGAGUGUUUUUUAUGGGGAAUAAAUAGACAUACAUUUAGAAAAAGUGUUGAAAAUGUUAUGAGAAGUGAAUAAGAAAAAAAUAGAUAAUUAUUAGAAUAAGUUAAGUUUUUCAGUAAAUUAUUAUAUUAAUUUUUUAGAUUAAUUAACAAAGGAUUAAAAAGAUGCAAUUUCAGGAGUAUUAAUUUUGUAAAAGUUUAAUCAGAAUGAAGUUAUAGUAAAUGAAGGAGAUUAAGCUAGUUCAUUCUAUAUCAUUGUAGAAGGAAAAUGUGGAGUCUUCAAUAAGGAAGAUCUUUAAAUUUCAACUUUAAAUCCUAAAGAUUCUUUUGGUGAAUCUGCUUUAAAACAUGAUAAUUAAAUUAGAAUGAUGACCAUUAAAGCUAUUGAAAAAGAUACCAAAGUAGUUGCUUUGGGUAAAGAUAUGAUCUCAUAAAUAUUGGGUGAUAAAGUUCAAUAUAUUAUUUAUAAGAACAUUUGUAAAUGGGCAUUAAAUAGAUCUAAAUUAUUUGGCAAAGUACCUGCACUUAUUUAAGAUAAAUUACUUGAAGGAGUUAUAUAUAGAAAAUAUAUUGCAGGAUAAAAGAUCAUCAAUAAAGGAGAUAAAGUUGGGUUUUUGUACAUCGCUUUAGAGGGUAAUGUAUUAGAUGAACAAAAGAAUGUGAUUAAUAAUAAUAUCUUGAAUGAAGAAUCACUCUAUGAUGAAUUUGCCAAUACUAAACAUUCACAUUGCUUUCAAAUGGAAACUGAAGGACAUGUGGCUGUCAUUGAUUAUGAUAAGUAUCGUAACAAUAAUGGAAGUGUUGAAAAAAUCUUAGAUAAUGAAAAAAUCAAUUCAUAACAUCAAUAAUCUUAUGAUUAAGUCAAAUAGCUAUAAUUAAAAGAUUUUAUAUUCUUAAAUAAAUUAGGAUCUGGAUAAUUUGGAUCUGUUUAUCUCUGUAAAAAUAAAAGUCAGGAUACUUUAUUUGCUCUCAAAUAUGUUACCAGAGCACAUAUACAAUAAUAUGGAAUCCAAAAACAUGUCUAAUAAGAAAAAGCUGUCUUGGAAAUAAUGAACCAUUAAUUUAUACUUAAAUUUUAUAGAUCAUUCAAAGAUGGUGAAAACAUUUACUUUCUUACUGAGUAUAUUCCAGGAGAAGAAUUAUUUGAUGCAAUAAGAGAAAUUGGAUUGUUAGGCAAAUACGAUUCUCAAUUUUACAUUGCCCAAAUGAUUCUUCAAAUGGAAUAUUUACACACUGUCCAUCAAAUUGUUUAUAGAGAUAUCAAACCUGAAAAUAUUAUGGUUGAUCAAUUUGGUUAUCUUAAAUUGAUUGAUAUGGGAACUGCUAAAUUUCUCAAAAAUGUUUGUAAUACUAUCAUUCUAAAAAAUAGCUCCACCAAAAACUUUCACAAUUAUCGGAACUCCUCAUUAUAUGGCUCCAGAAGUCAUCUCUGGGAAAGGAUAUGGAUACUUUGCUGAUUUAUGGAGUGUUGGAUGUUGCCUUUAUGAAUUUCUUUGUGGAGGUUUACCCUUUGGAGAAGAUUAAGAUGAUCCCUUUGAAAUCUAUAAAGAAAUUGUGAAGAAUCCUAUAAAUUACCCAUAAUAUAUCACAGAUAAAACAGCUAAGACCAUUAUAGAAUAAUUGAUGAACAAGAUUCCUGAAUGCAGAUUGGGAGGAUCUUAUUCAUCUCUCAAAAACAAUUAGUGGUUUUCAGACUUUGACUGGGUAUUAAAUAAAUUUAUUAAUUUUAAGAAAAAAUUGAUAUCGCAUUAACUCCAACCUCCAUUAAUUCCUAAAAAGGAAAAAUUAAUGAAUGAUUCGUAAAUUGAGGAAUAACUGAAAAAAAAUAUUUUAGUUAUUGAUUAAAUAUAAAAAGAUACUAUGGGAUAGAAGAAGGUCUUUGCUUAGCCUAAAGACACCGAAUGGGAUUCAGAAUUUUGA